AUGAAAUAUAAUAUAGUGCAUGGAAUUUGCCUAUUAUUUGCUAUUACCCAAGCUGUAGGGGCUGUCCAUUUUUAUGCGAAGUCCGGGGAAACCAAAUGCUUCUAUGAACACUUAUCCCGGGGAAACCUACUGAUUGGGGAUUUAGACCUAUAUGUAGAAAAGGAUGGUCUGUUUGAAGAGGACCCUGAAUCCAGUCUGACAAUAACUGUCGAUGAAACAUUCGAUAACGACCAUCGUGUCCUAAAUCAAAAAAACUCACACACAGGUGAUGUUACUUUUACAGCUUUAGACACAGGUGAACAUAGAUUUUGCUUCACUCCAUUCUACAGCAAGAAAUCAGCCACACUAAGAGUAUUCAUCGAACUAGAAAUUGGCAAUGUUGAAGCGCUUGACAGCAAGAAAAAAGAAGAUAUGAAUUCACUUAAGGGGAGGGUAGGCCAGUUGACUCAAAGGCUAUCUUCUAUUCGUAAGGAGCAAGACGCUAUCAGAGAAAAAGAGGCAGAAUUCAGAAAUCAAAGUGAAUCAGCUAACAGCAAGAUAAUGACGUGGUCUGUGUUCCAACUUCUCAUAUUGCUGGGCACCUGUGCCUUCCAGCUACGCUAUCUCAAGAAUUUCUUUGUCAAACAGAAGGUAGUAUAA